AUGUCUUCACAUUCUGGAGUGACGGUUAAUAUACUUGGUUACACAGUUGAGAAAAAAAGUGAGCAAACGAGCAAGAAAGCCACACAACGUAAAGUUGAUUGGGAAGCAUUAGAAAUGGGCGAGUCCGGGAUUACGGGUCCCGUGCCUCCGCCGCCUCCAUACAAGGGCGUGGUGGUCCCCAGUGUUGGGGGAGGUUCGGUCAUAGCAGGUGUUGUACGUGGAGUGAUUGUUCCUGCAGGUGUUGCACCUCCUGCUGCAGCGUUGUUCACUAACCACCGCCCUCCGCUGCCGAUGGACAAUUCCGACGACCCCAACAAGUUGGCUUCCACCCAACACGAGCCUUCAUCCACCGCAGCCGUUUCCGCCCAACCUCUACUCUCCAAACCUUAUCCGCUACUUGAGCCGUCAAUCGCCUCCAUCUCCGGACAUGAACAAGAACAAGAAGACUAA